UCCAAUGGAAACUUGCCCUGGGGCCACACUCUUCCAGCCAGUGUUCGCAUCUUUAAAUAGGCUGCUAUUUUAAUUUAAAAGCAUAACUCAAACCCCUGAAGGCUUGAGGCAUGCAGCCUAGAUUCAGCGUAAGGGUCAAAUGUCCUUACAACACGGAGAUCCGGUGUUUCUGUGAGUAAAUCAGAGGCUUGAGACUAAAAUCCCCGGUGUUGUUCAGUGUGUUGUGUUCGUCAGAGUGGCUGCAGAGGAUUCCACCGAGUCUUAAAGCUGUUUAAAAAAAACAAAACAGCAAUAUCUACUUCUCAUUUUAUUUUAGUGGAUCAACUUUUCCUCAUUUGAAAUUUAGCUGAGUUGUGAGAGGAAGCAGCAAUGUCAUACAAAUCCAAGCUUCCAGCUUCCUGGAAUGAUGAGCGACCGUGUCGGAAAGUGGAGAUUGAUCUUAGUUCACCUGGUUUGGCGGUGUUCGAGCUGGAGAGACUCCUGUUUACAGGCAAAGCCAUCAUCAGCCAUGCAGAUGAGGUUUGGCCGAGGCUUUACAUUGGCGAUCAAUUGAGUGCAGAAAACCAGGCAGAUCUAUCGAAACAUCGCUUCACUCAUGUCCUGAAUGCAGCUCACAGUAAAAGGAGAGGGCAGCCAGGCAUAUAUGAGGGACUAAAGAUCAACUACAUGGGCAUAGAAGCACAUGACUCCUGCAACUAUGACAUGAGCACCAACUUUCAGGCUGCUGCAGACUUUAUCCACAGAGGACUAAAUGCAGGAGGCAAAGUUCUGGUACACUGCCAUGUUGGUGUCAGUCGCUCUGCCACUCUGGUGCUGGCUUACCUCAUGCUGAAGCAGAAGCUGACUCUAGUGGAGGCUAUUUGUGCUGUGAAGGACAAUCGGGGUGUGAUCCCGAAUCGAGGUUUCCUCCGACAGCUCAUCCAACUGGACAAGCAGCUCUUUGGCAAACAUCAUUAAACCAUAAGGAACCAAGCUUUCAUUUAA